AUUUUUAAUUACCUAUAUUAUUUAAAAACUCAUAAAUAAUGUAAAUUGUUAAAGAAGAACUCAAAAAUAUAAUCCCCAAUUUCACAAAUUUCGACGAAAUAGCAUUUAUAAAACCGUAUCUAGACAGUAGGAAUAUUAUCUUUGAGUUGACGUCUACUGACAAUAGUAUAAAAAUAAAUGUGUGUUGCAGUUAUUCAAACGAUAAUUCUACCAUGAAGACUGUUGUGUUGAUUAUAUUGUUAACUUUGUUUAUUGUUGACUGCAAAUUUGUCAACAAGAAAGAUGCCUACGAAAUAAUGAUUAAAGGUUUAAAGGAAUACAAAGCGACAGGCAAAAGACCGACCUAUCUGGAAGCAGCUGUCAAGUAUUACAAUACACCUAACUGGUUCUUAAACCCCACGUCAAAAAUCAAUCAAAACGAAGUGUGUACAACGUGCGCUUUGAUAGGAGAUUUGAUGAUUCAUCAGAGGAAGCAUGCAGGAUUAAAUGAUACUGAUUUUGCUAAAGAAAUCAACUUCUUCUGUAACCUUUACUCUGGAAAUACUGAAAGAGUAUGCGAGGGGUUCACAAGCUUAAAUUCACCAGUAUUUUUGUACAUCAUAGAUCACAGUGACAAAUUAACAGGAAUUGAUGUCUGCAGUAUAUCUUUUCAAUACCAAGAUUGUAUUUUACCGAAUAAAUAUAACUGGACUAUUGAAGUACCGACCGGAAAUACAGUAGCGAAACCAGAGUCAACAGGAACCAAAUCGUUCAAUAUAUUGCACAUUACCGACAUCCAUUACGACCCCAGAUACACGGCGAACAAAACAAAUGACUGUAGUGAACCAGUGUGUUGUCAAAAUGACCAAGCAGAUGGAACCACGCCAGAAAACAGCUGUGGGUAUUGGUCAGAUUACAUACAGGCUGAUAUUCCUUGGAGAACCGUAGUUAAUGCCCUAGAUCAGACCAAAAAACAUGACUAUGACUAUGUUUAUUUUACUGGUGAUAUCAUACCACACAGGAUUUGGAAUACCAGUAUAAUGGAUAACACCCAAAUUAUAGCUCAAGUAUUAGACGCUUUAGAUCAAACCUAUAAAGUCCCAGUUUUUCCAGCACUUGGUAACCAUGAGGCACAUCCCACUAAUCUAUAUUCAGAAAUUAAAGAUCCCUCUUUUUCAACCCAAUGGUUAUAUGACAUUUUAUUCCAAAAACUUUCAAAAUGGAUGCCCAUAGAUGAAGUUAAAGAAACAGUAUUGAAGGGCGGCUACUAUACAGUGUCGCCAAAAAAAGGAUUGAGAAUAAUAGUGUUGAACAAUAAUGUCUGUAUAUCUGAUAAUUGGUGGUUGGUUUAUAAUCCUAAUGAUCCCUAUGAUCAGCUAAAAUGGUUAGCGAAAGUACUUUUAAAAGCAGAACAACAUAACGAAAGGGUUCAUCUGUUACAUCACGUGCCGUCUGGACGAAAUGAGUGUUACAGAAUUUGGGCUAGAGAAUUUAGGAAUAUCAUUGAUAGGUUCGCGAAUACCAUAGCUGCCCAAUUCAAUGGUCACACUCAUAGAGAUGAAUUUUAUAUUUACUACAACAGAUCAAAUCCCCAACAAGCUGUGAGUACAGCUUGGAAUGGAGCCUCUGUAGUAACUUAUGAUAAAGCUAACCCAAGUUACAAGGUUCUGAAAAUUGACACUAAAACUUUUGAUCUAUUAGAUUUUGAAGAAUGGACAUACAAUCUCACUUUGGCCAAUUUAAAUGGUGACAAAAAUCCUGAAUGGUACAAACUUUAUUCGUUUAAAGAGGCCUAUGGAGUCAAAACUUUGGAGCCUGAAGAAAUGAGUAAACUAGUUUUUCAGAUGACCAAAAAACACGAACUGAUUGAUCAAUAUUAUCGGUUUAAAUUUAGAAACGGGGACAUAGCUCUUCAAGAAGGAUGUGAUGAUGAUUGUAAAAAAGAUUUGCUAUGCACUAUGGUAAAGACUGAAUAUGGCGAUGAUACUGUUUGUGACAAAGUCAAAAACCUAUAUGAUAACAAUGAAAAUAUUAAAGUAACGAU